AAAAAAAAACAGAGCAGUAAAGGUUGUUCACAUUACAACGUUCGACUCCUCUUUUUGUUGUCGUUCUACCCCACCCCCCUCCAACCCCCCUACCCCGUUUCCGUUUUUCUUCACCAUUUGUACGUGCUCAGUACUUUUCGGCUAACAAUUUCCUCUUCUUCUGCCAUUUCUGUUUUUCUUCACGCAAAACCCACAAAGAAAUAAUAAUAAAAAAAGGUUCUUUUUUUAAUUUGAACCAACCCAGUGAUGAAGUAACACUGUUCGUGCUUCAUUAGAAACGACAUCGUUUUGUUCACUGGUACAGUGAAGCAGAUGUUCACUGAGGGUCUUGAUAAUAACGCCCUAAAGUGGGUUAGAGAGGGUUCUGGGCAGCAGACUAAGGAGGUUCCUUUCUCAAUUUCAAGCCAAGGAUCAAGGAUUGAUCCAAUUGGGAGUAUGAGAAAUGGGGGUCGCAAUGUUGGGCUUCCACCGCCUUCGAAAUUCCGGAGUGGUCAUCUGUCGGGGGUUAUUCCUGUAUCUAGAGUUAUACCUGCGGAUUUAGAUGAUAGUGCGUCGGUUUCUGAUAAUGACAUGAUCACUGACUCGGAAGAGGAGGUUUAUGGGGGGAGAUACUCAUUGGAUUCAUCACCACAUGAUGACAGAGUUCCUAGCACUACUGCAGCCACUCAGAGAUACUACAAUCUCCCACCUAGGCGCGGUGCUACACAGUAUGCAAGUGACAGUAUGUACUCUGAUGAUGUUAGUUCGUCGAUGGAGACGUUGGGGAGAGGUCGUGGACACGUGGUCGAUAGAUUGAUGAGAGGAGCUAAUAGAUACCCAAUUGGAAGUAGUGUGUAUACUGAGGAGGAAUCUUCUGAUUCUGCUGCAAGCUCUGAGUUCUCUUCCACCCAAGUUGGGACAAAGAAUGGAACUGUUCCACGAUCAACAAAUUAUGCAUCUGAAGGGUAUGCUUCCAGCAUUCCAUCUAAAUUGAAUACAGGAAACAAGACUCAGAAGGAUAUGACCUCUGGGAAUUUACAGAAGAAGGUCACUGAUGACGAUGUCCCCAGUGCACCUCCAUUUUGCAGUUCUGCUGCUGAAAUCAAAGAAGUUGAUGAAUGGAUCCCUGCCUCUAGAACAGCUAAUGUGCAAUCAUCUAUGGCAGAAGAUUGUGGUCUCUCAGCAAAGGCAGAUAGUAACAUUUCUUCUGGCAUAAACCCCCAGGUCAAAGUUCCAAAUCAUUCCGACUCACCUGUGAGGACGACUGCUGCUGCUGCAGAAAGUGGAGGGCCAUUGGGUUCUUAUCCCGCUCGCCUUCCAACUUUUCAUGCCAGUGCAUUGGGCCCAUGGCAUCGCGUGCUCGCCUAUGAUGCAUGUGUUCGGCUCUGCUUGCAUUCUUGGGCUAGGGGUUGCAUAGAAGCUCCGAUGUUUUUGGAAAGUGAAUGUGCUCUCUUAAGGAAUUCAUUUAGGUUACAGCAAGUUCUGUUACAAUCAGAGGAGGAAUUAAUGGCAAACCGCUCUUCCGAGCUUCCUAAGGAAGCAGCUGCCCCAAAACCUAAGCAAAUGGUUGGAAAGAUGAAGAUCCAAGUUAGGAAGGUUAAGAUGGGCCUGGACCCACCCACCGGCUGCAGUUUUUCUUCCCUAAGAACACCAAAAAUAAAGAUUGAAUCUGUUAGAUAUCACCUAUCCAAUAUGCGGUCAUCAAUCUCUUCCGGAUGGCGAGCGAUGCGCAAAGUCCAUUUUGCUCCUCGUGUGCCUGCAAAUGGUUCCUUCUCGCGCCAGAGUUUGGCAUACAUGCAGGCGAGCACCCAAUAUAUAAAGCAAGUUUCUGGACUCCUGAAAAUUGGUGUGACAUCUCUCCGCAGCAGUCCAUCGUCUUAUGAUGUUGUUCAAGAGACAUACCAUUGUUUCUUACGACUAAAAAGUUCAAUGGAAGAGGAUGCUAUUAAAAUGCAACCCGGAUCAGGCGAAACCCACAUUUUUUUUCCAGAUAAUCUUGGAGAUGAUCUAAUUGUUGAGGUACUGGAUUCCAACGGAAAGCAUUAUGGUCGUGUCCUUGCUCAAGUUGCCACCAUUGCUGAAGAACCGGGUGAGAAACUUCGGUGGUGGUCCAUCUAUCGUGAACCAGAACACGAGCUUGUUGGCAAAGUACAACUCUUUAUUAAUUACUCAACAGCAUUUGAUGAAAAUAGUCAUCUUAAGUGUGGUUCAGUUGCAGAAACUGUUGCUUAUGACCUGGUACUUGAAGUUGCAAUGAAGAUUCAGCAAUUCCAACAAAGAAAUUUGACACUACAUGGUCCAUGGAAAUGGUUGCUCACUGAAUUUGCAUCAUACUAUGGAGUUUCUGAUGCAUAUACUAGAUUAAGGUACCUUUCCUAUGUCAUGGAUGUGGCAACACCAACUGCUGAUUGUCUUACAGUUGUGCAUGAUCUUUUGUUACCUGUUAUAAUGAAGGGCCGUUCUAAGAGCACCCUUAGUCAUCAAGAGAAUCGUAUUUUGGGGGAAAUUGAGGACCAGAUUGAACAGAGCUUUGCGUUGGUUUUCGAAAACUACAAGUCUUUGGAUGAAUCAACACCAUCGGGGAUAAUGGAUGUCUUCAAACCAGCUACUGGGGUUGUACCACUUGCAUUGGAGCCUGCUGUUAAACUAUUUUCUCUACUUCAUGACAUAUUAUCUCCUGAAACUCAGAACACACUGUACAGCUAUUUUCAGGCUGCUGCGAAGAAAAGAUCAAGACGACACUUGACAGAAACGGAUGAAUAUGUCAGCGGGAAUAAUGAAGGACUCUUGAUGGAUGCUGUUACCGUGUCUACUGCUUAUCAAAAAAUGAAGUCACUCUGUAUGAACAUAAGAAACGAAAUUUUUACUGACAUAGAGAUCCACAAUCAAAAUAUACUUCCAAGCUUCAUAGACUUGCCAAACCUUUCUUCAGCCAUAUAUAGUGCAGAACUUUGCUGUAGAUUGCGUGCAUUCCUGAUCGCUUGCCCCCCUGCUGGCCCUUCUCCCCAUGUGACUGAUCUUGUCAUUGCAACAGCAGAUUUUCAGAGGGAUCUGGCCUGCUGGAAUAUCAAACCUGUUAAAGGAGGAGUUGAUGCAAAAGAGUUGUUCCAUUUGUAUAUCAUCCUGUGGAUCCAGGAUAAGCGGCUCUCUUUACUGGAAUCUUGCAAGCUGGACAAGGUGAAAUGGUCGGGAGUGAAAACACAGCAUUCAACAACCCCUUUUGUUGAUGAAAUGUACGAGCGCCUGAAAGGAACUCUUAAUGACUAUGUGAUCAUCAUCUGCCGCUGGCCGGAGUACACAUUUGUAUUGGAGAAUGCCAUUGCUGAUAUUGAGAAAGCAAUUUUGGAUGCACUGGAGAAGCAAUAUGCAGAUGUCUUGUCUCCGUUAAAGGAGAAUUUGACACCCAAGAAAUUUGGCUUCAAAUAUGUGCAAAAACUUACCAAAAGAUCAGUUUGCCCAUAUAUUGUGCCAGAGGAUCUGGGCAUUCUUUUGAAUUCAAUUAAGAGGAUGCUAGACAUUCUGCGCCCAAACAUAGAGCAGCAGUUUAAGUCCUGGGGUUCGUGUAUCCCUGAAGGAGGAAACACCGCCCCUGGAGAGCGCUUGAGUGAGGUGACUGUGAUGCUUCGAGCUAAAUUCAGAAAUUAUGUGCAAGCAGUCAUUGAGAAGCUUGUGGAAAAUACGAAGCUGCAGAACAACACAAAGUUGAAGAAAAUUUUACAAGAUUCCAAGGAGAAUGUCAUAGAAUCAGACAUAAGAUUUAAGAUGCAGCCAUUGAAGGAGCAGCUGACGAGUACCAUAAAUCACCUUUACACCAUUUUUGAACCUAAUGUAUUCAUCGCAAGUUGUCGAGGCUACUGGGACAGGAUGGGACAGGACGUGCUAAGUUUCUUAGAGAGCAGGAAAGAGAACCGGUCUUGGUACAAGGGCUCACGAAUUGCAGUCUCUAUCCUAGAUGAUACCUUUGCCUCUCAGAUGCAGCAGCUUUUAGGCAAUUCGCUUCAAGAGAAAGACCUUGAGCCUCCAAGGUCCAUUCUUGAAGUGCGAUCAAUGCUUUGUAGGGAUGCAUCGAAUAACAAAGGAUCAAAUUACUUUUACUAGAUGUAAUUAUGUAUAGGUUUCCUAUUCAAUUUCAUUCUUUUGUUUCUUUUUGGUUCCGGAAACAGAAAGAGAGGAAGAAGGGUGUCGUUGCCAUAGCCUAUAACCUAUAGCCUACAGGUGGAUUCGCCUCAGAUUAGGGAGGACCACGGUGAAGAUGUUCUCUCUUGUGGUUUUUAGGCCUGCUACAGAAGAAUAGAAAAUAGUGUCUCUCAGUCAUUUUUGUUGUAGGAGCAGGUGACUCUACUGCUCCAUAUAUAAAAGACGUAUAGCUUGUAAUUCACAUUUUGUCAAGUAUCUACAUCAUCUUGAGCAUGUCUUCUGCGUAUUGUGUUCUUC